UCUCCGACAUGUCAAUACCGGGGCUGAGGAUUCCUCGCGUCACUGGAGGCCCAACGUCGGAGUAUCCCUACCUGUCUGUUGCCUCCACGUCGACUCACGACAUGUCCACUCUCGCUUGCUGGUGGGAUUCUCUCCCAGCUAGCAGCCGCGAUGAGAUGUGGAGGAGCUUUGGCUGCACCGGGCCAGCUCCUCUCAAGUGCUCACCCCCUGUUGCCAAGCAAAUCGUGCAGUCGAUCCUUGCAAGCCCUUCGAUUCUCGCGGUCCUUCCCCUGCAAGACCUUCUGGAUACUUGCGCCGCCACGGUGACGAAGGAUCCCAAGAGCGAUCAGAUCAACUUCCCGGGGACCGACCACUUGUGGAGGUGGCGGGCGAGCUGGCACAUCGAAGACUUGCUGUCCAACAAGAGUGUCGUCAAUCACUUCGCAUCCAUGAUUCUUGCGUCCGGGCGGUACAAGCGGUAGGGAGGGAGGAUAGGGCUCACAACAGCAAACAAGAGGGAGAAGAUAGAAGGAGUACGAGGUAGCUCAAUGGUAGAGGGGGGCGACCUCGUUGUAUAUUAGCUGUGAGAUGCUCCGGCCGGAGCCAACUUGGUGAGUCAGACAUGUUGGGAUUGUUGACGUCGUCGUCAUCGUCGUCGUCAUUGUUUCGAUAUUCGUUGUACAGCAGAGAUUAUUCUUGUGAAAGUUGUUUAUUCUCC